AUGGGGGUCCUGGCAGUGUUCCUGGGGGUGCUGGCCUGCCUCUGGGUAGCUCCAGGGGCCUCCCCCACCCACUACUGGGACAGCACCUCCUGCCACUUGGCUAGGGUCAUCCCUGGCAGCCAUCUGGGGUCUCUGAUCUUCCUAAGCAAGGAUGACCAGGGCCUGGCUCUGUUCCACGCCCACUGGGACGCACGUGGCAGGCUGCAAGUGUGCAGCCGGCAGGAUGAGCCAGAGCUCACUGCAGCCUUUGCUGACCUCUGUGCUCGUGAGCCCACCCGGGGGGCCUUCAUCCACAGCCCCGGGCCGGAGCUGCAGGCAGCACUGGCCACCCUGGGGAGUCAGUGGGAGAGCUGUCGAGGGUCCGAGGAGAGUCCUGCAGGGGCCAGGGAGAAGCGAGCAGCAGGACAGAGAGGAACGGCUGGCAGGGGACACCUGCGAAGGAAGAGAGGCUGGACCAUGCCUGGCACGCUGUGGUGUGGCCUUGGGGACUCGGCCGCGAACUCCUCGGAGCUGGGUCUCUUCCAGGGCCCCGAUCUCUGCUGUCGCGAACAUGACCGCUGUCCCCAGACCAUCUCGCCCUUGCAGUACAAUUAUGGCAUCCGGAACUUCCGCUUCCACACCAUCUCCCACUGUGACUGUGAUGCCAGGUUCCAGCAGUGUCUAAGGAACCAGCAGGACUCCAUCUCGGACGUCGUGGGGGUGGCCUUCUUCAACGUGCUGGAGGUCCCCUGUUUUGUGCUGAAGGAGCAGGAGGCGUGUGUGGCGUGGUACUGGUGGGGCGGGUGUAAGACGUACGGCCCAGUCGCCCUCGCCCACCUCCAGCCCAGGACCCUCUACAACGCCUCUUGGAAUUCCCUGCCCACCUCCUGGACCCCCAGUCCCCAGAGCCCAGCCCCCAGAAAACAGCGACACAAGCAGCGCCCUCAGAAGAAGUGGCCACAGCAUAAAGGGUCCAGGCACCCCAACAGAGCCAACGCUACAGCCCCCCGGAAAGCACGGGAUGGCCUAAAACCUCAGAGUGCCCACCGGGCCUGCCGCGGCUUCCUCCACCUGGACCACUGUGAGCACCGGAUCCAGCCCCAGGAAACCAAGUUCCAGCUGCUCAGUGGCGCCCGGGAGCCCCUCUUCCACUGCAAUUGCACACGCCGUCUGGCGCGCUUCCUGAGGCUGCACGGCCCAGCCGUGGGCACCAUGCUUGGGGAACGGCUCGGCACGAUCUGUUUCAAGCUGGCCACUCCACUGCACUGUGCUGAGGUCAAAGGCUGUUCCAGUGACCCUAGGGCCAUCAAGGUGUCAGCUCGGCACCUGCGGCAACUUCGGCAGAGACGACUGCAACUCUGGGAUAAAGACACAGGCGAGGGGCAGGUGUGGCCUUCGGAGUCCCCAGGGACCCCCAAGUCAUUCUAUAACCAGUGCCUGCAGCUAGCUGAGGCAGCCCAGAGACCCAAAGGACAGCAAAAAUUCAGGAGCUAG